AUGCCCUUUCAAACUGAGCGCCAGCAGGCUGCUGAAUCAGUGCUCGAGUCAUACAUUGCAGCUCUUCUGGUAGAAUCCCACAUUCUUGUUGAUCCCAUGUCUUCUUCUAGCUCUGGUUCUUCUGAUUCAAACUCCGAUGAUUCCUCUGGCGAAUCUGAUGAUGACCCAAUGCCUACUACCAGCGAAGUUUUGCUUGGUGUGACUACGAAAUCGAAUACGAUCCCAUCGAUCAAGAAAAGUCAAGGAGACAAGAAAGCGACCGCAGAGCAAGAUCACAGGUCAAACAUUCAAGGAAAGUCAAGGGAUGAAGUCACAAAAAUAACAAAAAUCAAGCAAAACGAAGUCAAGUCGAAACGAGGUUCUGUCCUCGCCCGACGCAAUGCCAAGGAGGGAGACUACGAAAUCAAGGAAAGUCAAGCGAUAAAAUCACCAGAAAUCACAAAAAUAAAGCAAAAUGAAGUCGAGUCGAAACGAGACUCUGUCCUCGCCCGACGGAUCACCACAAGCAAAGACUACGAAACAAGAGACAUGAAGACAGCAACAAAACAGCAAAGAUCAAGCGAAAUGAAGUCGAGAUUCCAUCCGACCGCCACCAUCAGGAAGACCACCGAGGGGAACGCCCAGACCACGACCGUCAAGGAAAAAUCAACACGAUCCGAUAGACUACGACAGAUCAUCUCUCAUCAAAAGGUCACCACAAGAGAAUCAUCAUACGCAUGCGCUAAUUUCAAAAAACAGGAAUUUCAGCACACACUAGAGGGGAUGCGCCCACCCAUCCAAGGCGACUAG